AUGCUGUGGGACGAGGUACGGUUCGGGAGAUACUACGACUUGGGUGAAUUUAACGUGGUUUCUUGUCGCGACUUCAAUGCAGGUGCUAUGGAGAAUAAGGGUCUAAAUAUCUUCAAUGAAGCCCUGAUCCGAGCCGACCCCGCCCUCACGACGGACGACCAGUACGAACGAAUCCGUGGAGUCCUUGCACACGAGUACUUCCACAACUGGAGUGGCGACCGAGUGACUGUGCGCGACUGGUUCCAACUAACCCUCAAGGAAGGAUUCACCGUCUUCCGCGAUCAAUUAUUUACUCAGGACAUUACCCAAGACGCGACCCACGACACGGGCUCGGACGUGAACAAAGCUUUGAAUGCCGUCGGCGAGUGUCGAGCCGGCGACCUACGGAAUGCGAGAGGCAGUGCUGGAGGGAGUGACGACGAAGACAGUCAGGUCGACGGCCAAUGUGCUCCCGACCAGGUGCGAGACCACGUGCACGACAAAGCGCACGACCAAGGGGAGGAAGAGCGGUUAACGGGCGAGGCAAAGGAGGUGAGGUCGAAGGACCUGGGGUGGAAAGGGAGUAGUAAGAUGUCUGUGAAACGGCUGCGGGAUAUCGAGGUCAUGGAGAGUGUGCAAUUCACGCAAGAUGCGGGUGCGUUGUCGCACAGUAUCCGGCCGAAUCGUUACUCUAGUGUUGAGAACUUAUAUACACUCACAGUGUAUGAGAAGGGGGCCGAGGUGGUGCGUAUGUAUGAGACGCUGAUGGGUCCGCAGAGGUUCCGAAGAGGGUGCGACUUGUUCUUCCGCGACAACGACUUCACAGCGGCAACAUGUGAGGACUUCAGAGACGCCAUGAAGACGGCGGUGCAUGGGCUGCAGGAUGAAGCCAGUCUCCGGUCCGUUGCGCGGGUGACUACGGGAAAAACGACGAUCGGACGGACGGCCGAGUCAAGAUCGAACACGCAGACGAAGAAACGACCGAGCUUCAAACUCGUCGCAGAAUUGGAAGGCGUGGAACUGGAAGGAGACGACGAGCGCCCAGAUGCACAGUCAGACGCGCUGGUCACUGAAGAGGAUCUGGACCAGUUCUUCUUGUGGUACAACACCUCGGGCACCCCCGUGGUUGAAGUCUUGGACGUUUUCUACGGAAACGGCACCUUCUCCAUCACACUUAGCCAAGACCCAGCUGGCUCGCGCGGUAAGGGAUCUUCCAGCACAACCACAAUUGGGCCGAACACAGUUGGACAGAAUACAGAUGGCAAGACGAGUACAGCCCGGCCGGCAUUGGUGAUUCCGAUUCGUAUGGCUUUGUUCGACGCGGAGACACACGAGAUGCUGAUGAAGGAGAGAUUGGUAGUGUUGAAGGACAAGGAGAGUCGGUUCGAGUUCCAGGUGGCUGACACAACGAAGCGCCCCGUAGUUUCUUUGCUUCGAGGAUUCAGCGCUCCGGUGGUGGUGUCACCGUUCCAGUCGGAUUCGGACUUGGCGUUCUUGGCGAUGCACGACACAGACUACUACGUGCGACACAAGUCGACGAACCAGCUGUUGGCGAACGAGGUGAGUCGAUUCCUUAAUCCCGAUGCUCGGUUGGGCAAGGGCAAGAAGGUCUCGCCGGCCGUAUAUCGAGUUUUCAAGUCCUUGGUAAAACGACUGUCGGAAGCCGGAGUCAACGAAAGAGGACUGCUCGCGGAGACUCUCUCAUUACCCAAGUUGUCGCAACUUAAGAACAUCCUCAAGCCUUUCGACCCACAUGCUGCCUACACGGUGGUGCGAGCUAUCCGUAAGGCGUUGCUUAGAGGAUUCGAAAAGGAGAUCAGAGACGCGUACCUGGCUUUGGAAAGAGAGGAGCCGCUCACCGUGAUGCCGGGCUCGGACACUGAUGCCGGUGUGUCAUCGGAUGCUGGUGUACUUGGCACAGCUACGUCAAGUACUACCUCAGUCAGUACGUACACGUCUACUAGUACCUACAGCUCGACGGGUACGUCUACGUCUACGAACGCGCCUACCUCUACAAUUACGCCCACUUUUACUGUCGCAGGUACGAUUGGGGAAGCAACUGUCCAGGUCGGUGCUGACCACAGUGUGGAGGCCAGAGGGCGUCGUAGUUUGAAGAAUGCGUUACUAAGAUUGCUGUUGCUGGAUGAGAGCAAUACGUACCUUGGUGUUCGACAGUUAUUGAACAAGAAGCAGUCGAAUGACGAGUCGGCAGCUAUGGCUGCGUUAUCGGCAUCUACAAAUAGCAUGGAUGUGCGCGUUCUCUUAAGCAACUGGCUGAUGGAACAUCAGGAGAAUGACCUGCUCGUCGAUCGUUGGCUUAGUGCUCAAAUGACAUGGCCAAAUCGACAGUGUGCUGAUCGGUAUUUGACUCUUAAGCAAGUUCCGCUUUAUGCUAAUUCCACCACCCCUAACCGACUACGAGCACUCAGCCGCAGUUUUGCCAAUAAUCCUCUUGCAUUCCACCAACCCAUUGGAUACAAACUCGUUGCUGACGAAGUACUACGCUGGGAUGAAUUCAAUCCGAAGCUUGCCGCUGGUCUGGCAAAUGCCUUUGGGGAACUUGUAUUGGUUACGGAUGAACUCAAGAAGGCGGGAUUGCAAGAGGUCAAACGGAUUCUACAGAAACCAAACCUCUCAAAGAACACAAUUGAAGUCAUGCAAACUAUCAAGGAGAAAUUAAACUAG